CAGUAUGUUGAGUCAGGGUCAGUUUUUUGAAGUCACCGGGGCAAGUGACCCAGUCGGCCAGUCUAAGGUUAACUGAUCAAGGAUGAUCAGAUCUACACUCAUAGAGCCUGAAUUAGUACAAUGCUGCAUAAUUGAGAUCCAAAAUUCAAGAUCACAAGAUCUAAGUCCAGAAUGAUGAUGCUUCUUGGGAGAGCACACAUCCUUGUGGGUCCCACAUGCCGACUCCGGUCGAGCCAGGGUCCCUCAUGGCUCGUGCUAGAUCUAACAGUGUGCUGAAGACCAGCACGAGUGGCAUGGUUUGCAAGUGAAGUGCCAGGCAAAAAAAACUAUUUACAGUUAAUGAUUACUGUGCUUGGAAUAAUUCAAUUCAAUCAAGUGUACUGCCAAGCAAAAAAAAAAGUUAUUUUUUGUGGGAAGAAAAAAUGCCUUUUUUUGCUAGUAAAAAAAAAGCCUAUUUGCAGUGGGUGACGGUGGUGGUGGCCCUCACCGGAGUAGAUCAAAGCUCUCACCACCGUCCUUAAAAUGUCAGCACCGUGGCUUGAUAAUUCGCAUCCUCUGCAAAGCCACUGGAGGAGAAACCAUAGCUUAGCUUUGCAACUUCUGUAGAGUUCAACCAUGGAGUUCAAGCACCUGUGCCUGGUAAGGUUCAAGGACGGCGUCGUGGUGGAUGACAUCAUUCAGGAGCUCAGCAAGCUCGCCGCAGAGCUGGACAUGAUCAAGUUCUUUGGGUGGGGAAAAGACGUUCUGAACCAGGACGCGCUGACACAGGGCUUCACCCACGUCUUCUCCUUGUGCUUCGACAGCGCCGAGGACCUGGCGGCGUACAUGGGCCACGAGAAGCACGGCGCGUUCGCCGCCACAUUCAUGGCUGCGCUCGACAAGGUCAUCGUCAUGGACUUCCCCUUCGUCGUUGCCAAGCCGGCGCCACAGCCCGAGGCUUGAUUCACCCCCACCAUCUGUUAGCGAUAAGCAUUUGCCAUUGCCAACCACUGUAAGGUGCAUUUUCAGGUAAUAGCCACCAUCUAUCUGCAGCUGUGAUGUACUGCACCGGUGUACCUAAGCCUCUUA